AUGGAAAUAUCAUGGGGUCGAGGGGGAGCCAGGGCCGUGGAGCGGCCAGGCUGGGGCGGGAGGGGAGGCCGGGCAGGGGCAGGUGGACGGGCUGGCGUCGCCUCAGCUCCCCCCGGCGGCGGGGCCGGCGGGCUCGGGCGGGCGCAGCUGAGGGGAGGGGACUGCGGAGGGCGGGUUAACAGGCCUCAGCCCGCCCCGGAGGAGGGAGAACACGCCGGGCGGCUUGGGGCUUGUGAAGCGCGACAUGGCGGCGUGGCGGACGAGCCUCUGUGGCCCCGAGUGUUUCGGAAAGGGGGCGGAGCUAGAACGGCCUUGAUAACCACUAGAUCGCUACCGGCCCGGCUGCUCCGAGACUACAUUUCCCAGAGCGCCCCACGUGGCGCGAGAGGAAACGAGAAGCGCCAGCGGUACAGUGCGCAGGUGCAGAGCCUGCUGUGGUUAUAUAAGAGAAGUCUGGGGCGCUUCUCGUUCUUUUUCGUCUUUGGCUCUGGCUAUUUUCCUGUGGGUUGCAUCGUACCUCAUCCGCCUCAUCCGAUGAGGUCCGAGCCCGGGAACGCGGGUUUGCUACCGUGUAUGCGCGAUCAGAGGGUGCGGGAUGGAUCUAGGAGGCUUUCGUUGCUGGGCCUCCAAGAGAACCCCACGCAGACGUCUCCAGCCUUCGGUCUCCUGACCUGCGAUAUACUGUUGGCAGAAAGCAGACUAACAAGUGGACCAGGAGCGGGGAAGUGCUUCGUGAUGUCCACGUGGCUGAAUAGAGGAUGUGAAGAAAGGAAAGGUCUGGAGCCCUGUGCGCCACAGGGCAGUAAGUAGAUUGAUGGCUUCCUGAUCCUACAGUUUCAGUCUGUCCCAUAACAGGAGUUUCUCAACUGUGGAGUUCGAAUACAAGCCUUGGAAAAGAAAUAAUAGUUCUGGUUGAAUCUCUCACAAGGCUUUUGUGUAACCUGAAGACUGUCUAGAGGCCUGUGCCCAUUUUGAAGAACCAAGAGUUAUUGUUGAACUUUGGUAAAAUUUCUAACUUGCAUCCAUCCAGUCUAGAAUAAGAAAAUAAAUUCUUUAAAUAAAAAAUGCUCUUGUA